AUGGCAACUUUGAACGAAAAGAAGACCUGUAGCCAAAGAAUGGAAAAUUUCCAACGUUUCUUAUGGAAUCCAGAAACAGGACAGUUAAUGGGAAGAACGUUGAUUAACUGGGUAUGGAUCAGUCUUUACUAUGUUGCAUUCUACGUGGUGAUGACUGGGCUAUUCGCACUUGGUAUAUAUUCUUUAAUGAAGACACUCGAUCCAUAUACACCGGACUACCAAGAUCGAUUAAAAUCACCAGGGGUGACAUUACGACCUGAUGUAUAUGGAGAAAAAGGACUGGAAAUUUAUUACAGUAUUUCUGAAAAGGAGUCCUGGAGUCCUUAUGUUACAAUUCUUCAAAACUUUCUUUCAGCAUAUAAUGAAACCCAGCAACAAGAAAAUAAGGACUGUUCUGAAAUAGAAGGGUACUUCAAACAAAAGACAUUUGACGCACCACAUCACACAAAACAUUCUUGCAAAUUUACACAAGAUAUGCUUGGAAACUGCUCUGCUGCGGUGGAUCCCACUUUUGGUUUUCCGGAAAGAAGCCCAUGUUUAAUAAUAAAAAUGAACAGAAUUAUCCAUUUUCUCCCUGGCAAUGUCAGUGCACCACCAAGAGUGAACUGCACAACACAGAAUGGUACCAGCCCACUGGAUAUAAAUUAUUAUCCUCCAAAUGGAACUUUUAACCUUCACUAUUUCCCCUACUAUGGAUGUAAAGCACAGCCUACCUACAGAAAUCCACUGGUAGCAGUGAAACUUGUCAACUUUCCCCUUAACGAAGAAGUAAUCAUAGUAUGCAGAGUUGUUGGUGCUGGAAUUACAUCAGAUAAUCCUCAUGACCAAUAUGAAGGAAAAGUGGAAUUCAAAAUUCAUAUAAAAAACAGCACUGGUUAA